AUGACCAAGGACGACCUAAGAAUCAUCGAGAACAGUAUUUACGACGAUGAGCCUCUUCAGUUGGCACUAGUGGGAAACUCGAAGGCCCAAAUGCAGCAAUCUCUAAUUGAAAUUUUGGACAAGUUUCACAAUUCGAUGGUAGAACAGGGGACAUCUUUGGUAGCAAUCAAUGAAAAGGAUGGUGAACGCAUUGUUGGAUUUAUCUUAGCUGGAUGCGAAACAUCUGACUAUCUACAAGAAUAUUAUGCCCAAAUUUCUGCACUGAAUGAGUGUGCUUUUAAAACCGUUGGCAUGUUUGAGUGUGAAACUAAAAUCAAAGUAAACUACUUCCAGCUUUACAGCGUUUCCAAAGUGAUUUAUGCGGCAAUGAUCAAUGUGAUAAUAGCAUGGAGUAGCAGUUUCUAUUCUGCUCGACAAAUGGAGGGAGUUGGCAUGGAGUGCAUUUAUCGUCAGCCCUAUGCAGACUAUAAGGAUGCCAAAGGUCAAGUCAUAUUCAAGCCACCAGCUCCUCAUAGCGAACUACGUAUUUUGGCUUUUAAACUGUAA